CCUAACAAUCAGGAAGGAAAUACAUAUAAGGGAAAUAUUUUUAACGAUUAUACUCAAAUGUGCACCUGGUUUAUUUAUUUAAACAGGAAAACCAUAACAGAUGUGUAGAUAUAUUAGCAGUCCAUCGAGUACAAAUCAAGAAUAGAGCAAUACUGUACUAUAGCUCUGUUGAAUUCUGGACUGUGAUUAGUCAGAAGGUGUUGAUUAAUUUUCUAUAACAGCAGCUCUGACAGUAGUGCAGCUGUAAAUCACAGGUUUAUAUUAAUGCGGGUCAGCUUCAGAUCAGCUUGGGCAAUAAUUCUUGUCUAGUGUCCUUAUCAAUUUUCUGCAUUAAACAUUUGCUAUGAGCCUUACUGUUUGACAAAUCUGUCUUUCCUUUUCAGAACCAUGAGCAGGAACUUCUUGUCCAUGAACGAAGAGCUCCGUAAGGGAGACUUCCUGUUAUCCAACAACCGAGAGUACAAGGCAAUCUUUCAGGAGGAUGGGAACUUUGUGGUCUAUGGCUGGAGACCUCUGUGGGCAUCUAACACGUAUGGCAAUACCGACGCCCAUCGGCUGAUCAUGCAAGGAGACUGCAACCUCGUCAUGUACACGCCGGGCAGACCCGUGUGGGCCACCAAUACCGACCGGAAGGACGUAAAAAUGUGCCGUCUGACUCUGGGCAACGACGGCAUUCUAAUGGUCGAUAAUGAUGGGGCUGUGGUGUGGAAAUCUACUAAGUCUAAUUAAAAGCAAUGAAGCAAUCUUGUCUCAAAACUCUCUGCAGCUGUCAGGAAAGUUAUAAAAUAAAUCAGUAAA